CCAAUCACCUCCCUCGUGAUCGCUCUGUGCAGCGGGGUGUGGUAUUUCCUCAACAGCAAAGGCCUCGGUUACGAGGAGGUGGGCGUGAGUUACGCGAAGGUUGUUCGCGACCGGGAGUACUGGCGCUGUCUCACCGCCUCCUUCUCGCACAUCUCCCCUUUGCACCUGCUGUUCAACAUGUCAAGCCUUUGGAGCCUCGGGGUGGUGGAGCAGAUGCGGGGCAGGGGCGAGGGGUGGGGCAGCGGCUGGUACGUGCGGUACACGCUGGUGAUGCUCGUGGGCACCAUGGCGCUGGUCAUCCUUUCCUAUCACGUUCUGGUUCGGAUGGGCCACGAGCGAUACGAGCGCGUCACCGCGGUCGGGUACUCGUGCGUGGUCUUCGGUUGGAUGACCGUGCUGUCGGUGCGGCAGCCCACGUCCAGCCUCAGCCUGCUGGGUUACAUCCAACUCCCCGUGAACCUCGCGCCGUUCGGAUCGCUCAUCUUCACAUCCGUCGUCGUGCCGCAAGCGUCAUUCGUGGGGCACCUCGCGGGAAUAGUCGUGGGAUAC